AUGUUUUCAGUCGCUGGCAUUGAGACACUCGCUGGGGGCGAUACGGGCUCCGAGCCUUACAAAGGCAAGAAAGGAGCGGAGAGAUGGCAGAAGAUGCGUGAGAAUGUAAUCAAAGAGUGGGAAACUGAACAAACAAAGGAGGUCGAGACUGCGACAGUCCAGCCGGACAAGAGUGCGGUUGUACGUGUCGAUGCAAAUGAAGAGCAUCACAGGGAAGAGAAGGACAUAAAAUCUGGAAGCAGCAAAAUGCAGAAGCUCAAGGAGAAACUAUUCAGGCAUUGA